UUCGCACCUAAAGUUGAAACUUAUCUAAAAUCCCUGGUAUCACGCCGUAAGCCACAUAAUUUAGUAAGAAAUAACUAUUAUUCCAUAUUGUUCGAUAGGUAGUUAUUUCAUGUAAAUUUACGUAGCAUUCAUCUAAUCUUUUAAAUGCCUCCUUAUCUGAUAGACACGUAUUAGGGAAAUAGUUCUUACUGUGCCUGAAUUGUAUUCAACAAGGCCAUGUCCUAAAUGCAUAUUUGCACUUUCUUAAUACGAGUAAUUACUCACUUUUAUUUACUUAAUUACACUCUUUCCAUUUCUAAGAAGCAGCAAGUUAAAAUAAUUUAAAGUACAUCUAGGAAGAGAACUGAACAAUCAAGAGAAUGCGUCAGCGGUUAAGAUACAGACGAUUAUUCAAAUAUAAAUCGAGAUUGGUUAUUUCGGGCAUUUUUUAUCAAGAUAAGCUGUACGUGAAUGAUCGAGAAUCAAAAUUAUAUAAUUCUGUAAUAAGAAUUAUUGGGAAUUAAAUACGUGUUAAUAUAAACUUUGAUUGCGUUUUAUAUCUUUUAUCGACUCCGGAAGUGCACCUCACAUAUUAUGAAGCACCCUGUACACGUUGUACCUCUAGACGUUGCAAUUUCAUUUAAAAAAAAACUUAGAAAUAUUUGCAUAAUCAUCACUUUCCUUCAACUAAGUUGCUGAAUCACAGUGAUUUAUUAUUGCAGUAUAAAUAGUUUCGUUACUCUACUUAUCAGUUCUCUAUCUCUAUAAUAACUGCAUUUGACUACAUUCAUGUGUAAAAAUAUAUUUUUUUACAGUUCUAAUUGCUUGACUGGUAAGAAGGAUUCCCCUGAAAUAUUUCAAACCUUUUCCUAAUGUUUUUUGCUAUUGGAUAUUGCAAUAGUUUUAAGUAUUGAAUAUCUAUUUUUAAAACUUUAUUGAACCUUUUAAUCGUUUUGCACUGGUUACAGCAUAUCGAACGAAAUAUAACCAACGUAAAACAAUUUUCUUUUCAACUUUAAUUCCCUUGUGGUAUUGACUAUAAUUGUGCACAAAUGUGUACGUUAAUUUCAAUUUCACGUUUUUAGAUAAUUCUAUAGCGUAAUUAUUUCAAAAAUAUAUCUUUUAUACAAAUUUUAGUAUCACAAAUUUCUUCUUCUUGCAAGAAGUAAUAUCUUCAUAUUCAUUUGUUAUAUUAUGGACAAUUUACGUCUUUCUUCAUCGACAUCUUAUCCUGUGGGUAUUUUAAAGCGAGUCCCGAUUUUGAAAAAAUUUGUUUCUUACUUUCAGAAUCACUUUUGUAACGAAAAUCAAAAAACAAAGUUUUUGAAAAAAUAAAAUUUCAAGCGUCGGUUCGAAUAAGUAGGUGAAAAUUUCAAGUUUUGACUCAUUUGUUAAUUACUAAAACGUUUAAAGACGCUAUUUAUACCUCGUUACACGUUCUCCAUUAUACACGAAACUUCGGAGAACAUUCCAUCGGUAAUUUCCGCUGCUUAGAUACUUCUCCAUAUUUAGCUAAAAAACUGUAUUUGAAUUUAAGUACAUGUGCUACAAAAAAUUAAUAAACUUGAAUUUAAUUUAAUUUAAAAUAGUAUAACAUAGUGAUAAAAAUAGUGCAUAAUAUUUAUAAUACAAAUAACAUGUAAGCUAUUUUUGUUAUUAUAAUAUGAAUGUUAUGUCAAAAAACACAAGAACUGUAAUGCACUGAUGACAUAGUAAACAUAUAAUUUAAAUGUGAAUGCAUGAUUAAGUGUAAGUAAGAAACAGUGUAUUUUUCGUCAUGUUAAAUAAACACAUUGUUUUUAAGUACCUCGUGUAAAACAAGGUAAGUAAUUGUCACAGAAAAAUUAUUUGACUGUUCCAGAAACAAAUAUAUAAACUCGAUUAUAUGUAGUUCGAAAAUACGUAACUGAACAAAUAGUUGAAAAAUUUCUCAGUAACUUGCGGUAUAUCUGAACUAGUUAUGUGCUUCUGAUUCACUCUGUAUAUGUAUGUACAAUACUAACAAUAUAUAGACCGUCUUAGUGUCAUAUGGCACUUGAAUAUAUAAUCACUUUGUAAAAGAAUAUUCAGAGUGGGAGGAACGGUUGGGUAAUGUUUGGUUUCCAACAAAUUUACUCAAGAGCAUACUUGUGUAUCUAAGAAAGAAUCAGUUCAACUUUAUUAGUGAAGGAGUUAAGUUAUAAAGGAAUUUACAAUGGCUUCAGAACGAAAAGUCUAUUAUUUCGCGGUUCUCUUUUAUAUCCUACAAUUACUACAUCUAAAUUCAUCUACUAUAUUGGGAACAUGUCCAAUGAUAAAUAACAGUAUUCCUAUGACACAGACUGAACUUCUGCAGGAAUUAACGAACGACUGUCGUUAUGACAAAAUGAUGAGACCUCCUGGAGAAAUGAAUACCACUGAUCCAAUUAGUGUGUACACCAGUGCUUACAUUUAUACAAUUAAAUCAAAUAUGGUUAAAACCCUGCAAUUCGAUGUCCACAUGAUGUUACAAUUUAGAUAUUUGGAUAAACGGCUGAAGUUUGAUAAAAUUGUUCCGAACUUACAUCAGAUAAAUGGUGGACAAUUUGCACACGACUUAAUUUGGACGCCUAAUGUAUAUGUUUCUAAUGAGCCUAGUUCAGCCAUUAUGGGAAAGGAUGUUAAAGAUAUACUUGUUUCUAUAAAUUCAUCAGGCAUGGUCAUAUUGAACACUAGGUUACAAGCAACUCUUAACUGUGGGCUUCGUUUGGAGAAGUUUCCAUUUGAUGUACAAGAAUGUCCACUCAUUUUUGAAAGCUGGACACACAAUGUGCUUGACAUGGUAUUAUAUUGGGAUGAAGAGCCAAUUAUACUUGCAGAUGAAUUACACUUAACUGAAUACAAACUUGUGGACAAAUGGGUUAAUACGUCAGAAACAUAUUAUACUACGUCACAACAACAUUUUGGUCACUUUGCUGGUAAUUUCAGUUCACUCAGUAUAACAUUUAAAUUAUCAAGAGAAAUGGGAUUCUUUGUGAUGGAUUACUAUAUACCAUCUAUAUUAAUAGUAGUGAUUUCUUGGGUCUCAUUUUGGUUGCAUGUGGAUGCAAGUCCACCAAGAAUAGUAUUAGGAACAAACACUAUUCUAACAUUUAUGACACUUGCAUCAAAAGUGGAAAAUUCCUUACCAAAAGUUUCUUACAUAAAAGCCAGUGAAAUAUGGUUUCUAGGUUGUACUAUAUUUUUGUUUGCAGCAAUGGUCGAAUUUGCUUUUGUUAAUACAAUUUAUCGACGAAAGAAAAAUGUACCUUUAAAAAAGGUUAAUAGUAAAUACAUAUUAAAAUCAACAUUAACGCCAAAGCUAGCGCGGAAACAAUUUCAGAAAAAUACUACAGGGCUAGAGCGAUCUCGUUCUUGGUCGUCACUUGAAAAUACAAAUUCCAGUGAUCAAGAUUUUUCAAGUCAAAAUUAUCUUACUGUACAUAGUUUCCCAAGUACUCUCAACAUACCUUCUGUUAAAAUUGAAGAGGACAAAGACCCAGAAUGCUCAGAAAGAAAUAUUGCAACCAUCAGUAAUACACCACUACCAAAACCUUUCCCAAGAAGAGCAACCCUUGCUCAGUUACAUAAUUUUACGACAAUGACACCACAAGAAAUUGCUCAGUGGAUUGAUAGACGUAGCAGAAUUGUAUUUCCUGUAGCUUUUCUUAUAUUCAACAUCUUUUAUUGGUCUUUUAUUUGGAUAUAAAAAUUUCAUAAUGAAACUGAACAUGAGCCGUUCAAAGGCCAAAACGACCAACUUUACUGGUUUUAAGCAUUUGAUCAAAAAUGAAAUUACUAAAAGGGAGUGAGGAGCACUUUUAUAUUGUGGACUUGAUCAUUUUGGCAAAUGAAUGGCUCAUAUACCUACAAAAUAAUCAUUUUAACUUUUUUAUUAGAUGUAUAUUAUUAUUUAGUUGCUUUUCAAUUAACAAUUUAUUCUUGCAAUAUAAAACAAUCUGAAACAUAUAAAUUAUUUUAACAAAGAAAAUAAGAUCUACUACCACACAAUUAAAUACUUCUUUCUUAAUCCACUGAGAACCAUCUAGGUGUUCAAUUACUCGUUAAGUCAAGAUUUUGAAAGAGGGACAAAAUGCAGGGUUUGGUUGCAGAUCUGUUAAUUAAAGGGAAAUAUAACAAAGAUUGCAGGUAUAAAAAUUUCCUUUGUCCAUAACUAGUAUCUAAAUAUAAAUGAAUAAAGUUCAUUUUAGAAUUACUGUACACCUAGGAUAGUCUGAUAAGAAUGAGAAGUACAUAGAAGAAAUACUUUUUCCAAUACUUGUAUUACAAGUAUAUUUAACAUCAAAGUUUCUUCCACUCAGGAGGAGGAUUGACAGAUUAGCAAUGGAGUCAAAUAUCAUUGUCAUAAUCUGCAUGGAACAUCAUAGAUUAUUUUGUAUUGUAAGCUCAAAUGAUGCAUAGUUUUAAAAUUUAUAGUUAAUAUAUUUUA